UCCCGGCUCCCCGCAGCUCCGCUCCCCUCGCACCCGAACCAUGGAGGGGGGAGCAGCCGGGGACCCCCGCGGGCUCUGGGGGGACCCCCCAGCCGGGACCUUCCUCGUCCCACACGGGCUCCGCUCCGUGGGAUCCCCCCCCGGAGCCGCCCCCGUGUCGAGGCCGCCGGUUCUGAUCCUCCAGCAGCUCCCGGGGCCCGGGGCCGCCCCCGCGGGACCCCCGCCCGGCCGGGGAGAUCUGGUGGAGUUGAUGCUGAUUCAGAGCUCCCAAAUGCACCAGCUGCUGAUGCACGGCCUGGCCGUGGCAGCUCUGACAUCCCCCGGCGUGGGGCCAGCCCCAGCCCCUGCCCAGGCGCCGGCGGGGCCCUCGCAGGGCGAGGAGGAGGAGGCCGUGGUGUUCCACCAUCACUACAUCCCCUACCCCGGUCCUGCUCCCGGCCCGGCUCCGGUGCCCGUGCGGUUCCUGCGCUCCUCACCUGGGGACGAGCGAGCUGUGCCCCCCCCGCCGCCCCCCAGCGCCACUGGGACAGUGGGACCCGGCGUCCCCCCAGCAGCGGAGUUCUACAGCGCGGAGGAGCGGAGGCCGUGAGCUCGGCACCCCCGAUCCCAAAGAUCCCGGAUGGACGCUCCACGACUCCCAUCUUUUGGGGUGGUUUCCCCCCGUGAGCCCCCCAGGGCAGGGGUGUCCCAGCCCUGUCAACAACCCCGGUGCCCCCCCGCUCCCAGCUGGGCACUGCCGAGCCGCGGGGCCGGGCUGGCACGGGCUGUGCUGUGUGCCCGGGGGCGGGCACAGGGGGAUGUCCCCAGUGCAGGUGGUGCCAGCCCCUCCAGCCCCCUGUGCAGCAUCGCCUGCGAUUAACUGGCUUUGUUAAGAGAGCACCCUGCUGUCGCUAAUUAAGCGCCUGUAAUUACA